AUGCAAUUUAAUGUGCUAAUAAGUACCAUCAUUCAACCGAGUGAUUUAAGUCAGGGCUUUGAAUCCACGAAACAAACACAUUUUACCGAUAAUGUGUUCAGUGAUCACUGGUUGCACAAACAAGUGAGUGGACGAUUCAUCACUGCUGCAAUCAUCAAAUUAGCAAUAACAAUAGUUGUUGUAUUUCUUUAUUUUCUACCUUCAACAUUUGCCGCACUCACCUACAAUUCAGCGUUGGCAGUUGACAGGGCAUUUUUAAUGGGCUGUGAAUCUUUUAAGCCGUGCAUAUUCAUUGGGAACACUUUUCUUUUUCACAUACACAUAAUUCAUUUAAUUUUGGUACCAGAAGCUAUUUUUAAUUGCAAACUAGGAAUGUUUUGUCAAAAGGUACGUAGGUUGCAUCUUUCAAAUAUUUGCAUGCAUCCACCUUCCUUUUUAACAGAAAAUAGUCCAAAUCAAACUAAAAUGUUUUUACAAAAAAGUGGAGAAAGAAAGGAUAGAGGGAAGAGGGAAGGGGAGAAACAUGUUAAAGUAGUUACAGUUUUCUCUUCCACCUUUCUGUCCCACUUCAUUCCUGGCCCACAACGUCAUGUUCACACUCUUUAUUUUGCAACUGCCAGCAGAAGUGGUGGAGGUGAAUACAGUGAGGAAUGCGCAUGGAAACUUAGCAAUCUUUCAUUGCUUUAUCUUUACAAUCCUUUUAAAUCCAUUUAUCACACCACGUGGUCUUACUAUCGCAUGCAAAUGGACGUUAAAGUAAUUAGAGUUAGUUUUCUAUCCGCUGCUCUCACUCCAGUUCUGGCCCUCAAUGUCGCACUCUUCAUCAUGAAAUUGUUAACAGCUGUAAGGAAAAGAAAACGUAGUGAGGAAUACACAUAUAAUAUAAGUAGCAGAGCUGCAUGGCACAAGGGUGUGUCCAAACGCACAGACGUUGAAGCACACAACAGUAUGGAGAAUAUGGCGAAGGGAGGCAGCAGCAGUGCCACUAACACGGCUGCCUCCUCAAAAGCGUUGGCUAAUAUAAUGUACUGA